CUUACUCGCACAGUUCCAUAGCCUCUCUCGCCUUUGCCUCAAGCCCUAACUCUCCCCUAACAUGAAGCUCGUCAGGUUUUUGAUGAAGUUGAACAAUGAAACGGUUUCGAUUGAGCUCAAGAAUGGAACCGUUGUUCACGGCACCAUUACAGGUGUGGAUGUCAGUAUGAACACCCAUCUGAAAACAGUGAAACUUACACUGAAGGGGAAAAACCCAGUGAGUUUAGAUCACCUUAGCGUGAGGGGUAACAACAUUCGCUACUAUAUUCUACCUGACAGCUUAAAUCUUGAGACAUUGCUGGUUGAAGAGACACCUAGGGUGAAACCCAAGAAGCCGACAGCUGGGAAGCCUUUGGGACGUGGUCGUGGUCGUGGCCGUGGACGGGGACGCGGUCGAGGCCGUUAACUUUGUUCCUUUGCUUCCAAAUAUUUGUGUCAGUCUGAUGUGUAGACAGCUUUGUUCUAGGAUUGAUUUUACCGUCUUGUAUGAUUAAUGGCCUGGGUUUGGAUUGUUUAAUCAUGAAUCCUGAGGUUCCCGAUAUCGCAUGCUGUAGGUGAGCAUGUAGUCUAUUUCUUUUCCCAUCUGUUGCUUUUAGAACGAGAGGCGGUAAAAAAUAGGAAGCGAUCUUGCAAUCUUGGACUGUGA